AUGAAGCUCUCCUUCGACUUCGCCUUCCCCCUUCUGACUUCGGCGGUCCGCAAACGUGUUGCCACUACUCAACGCAGUCUACAGCGGCCAAGCCUCUUCCCUCACGUCCUAGGAGGUGGUCGACCCCUCAGGCCGAGGUCAAGCUUGGAACAGGCUCAUCGCGGCCAAGAAGAAGACGCUGCUGAAGCGGACGUCCCGAUCCGAUCGCCUGAGCGAGUUCCAGUCCGAGAUACUGGCUCGCCUGUUUCUCGAGAGCGUUGCAGCGCAGACGGCCCAUCGCUGCGACGGCCAGAAGCACGGGAGGGAUGGAUCGCGCUUGUACAGGAAGAUUUUGACGACGUUGAGCCUGCCGACCGGCUCAGAGUCUGGGAGAACUUCAUCGUCUCGGCCGAGAAGGAAACUCUGCUCCAGCAGCAGGCGGCGAAACUCGAUCGCCUCAGCGAGUUCCAAUCCGAGACGCUGGCUAGGCUGUUCCUUGAGCGCGUCGAGGCGCAGACUGCCCAUCGUUGCGACGGCCAGUGCGGCACGCACUAUUGCGUCGGCGAGCGCCACACAGAGCUCGUGGCUGCCGCGCACGACCCGAGCGAUGAGUUCGCAGAGCGGACAGUGUCCUGCGCACAGUACUACGGAGAGGGAAGGUGCAUGAGCUGCACAGCUCAGCGCUACGUUGAGGGCGAGUUCGCCAGGGACCUCUGGGCCCAGGCGAUCAGCGACAUUCAGCGUCGCGACAGCGCCAAGGCCGCACCUGGCCGCUCCAUCUCGCUGGCUGAGUCAUCUACGACGACGAACGAGGCCAUGGUUGACAGCAUACUCGAGUGGCUGGCUGGCGGGCCACCAUUGAGCGAGCUUGACAACACGUGCCUCCUUGAUGUCAAGAAGGUCUCGGCCGUCCGCCAGAAGUACGAGAACCUCCGCAACCGCCGAUACGCGAUGCGCGAGAGCCUUGAUCUGCGUCGUCAGGUCUUUCUCGAGGACGACGGCGCGCCCGCCGCCGCCGCUUACCACAAGCUUGGCGAAGUCGAGAUAGUACCUACUUGGUACAAUCUCGCCAAGGGCGGCGGGCACGGUCGCGGCAUAGAUGUUGUCAUCGGCAGCAUCUACCUGACCAACCAAGGGCACGACGGCAAUGCCCUCAAGCCGCUCCUGGACGCCGGUCAAGGCCUCGAGGUCAUCAGUCUCGAGGAGGCUUGCGAGGAGCUCUACGCCAACCCGGGUCCCGAGCACCUGCUCCUGCGCAGCAAGCCGGAGGAGAGCAGGUCGAUCGUCGACCUCAUCGACCAGUACGAUCCGGCUCCGGGCGAGGAUGACGCCGUGCUCGAGCUGCUGGAGUACUCGGACACGUUCGUAGAGGAGCACAACGCCGGCUUCCCGACCGUGUUCUGGCCCGAAGCCGAGGAGGAAGACGUAUGGCGGUUGGCGGUUAGAGUGUUGUGCCGAGCGGAGGAAGAUUGUGACUACAUCUUCCCGCCGUCGGAUAAGAACGGGCCGGCCGGCGAGCAUCCUCUCCGGCCUGGAGAUCGACUUCGUCCCGCCCCGCAUGGUCUUCGGCGCCCGACGCUGCUCGCGCACACGGUUCACCACGCGCCGUUCGACCUGGGCUUUGCCUCCGCCAUGCCGACCUCCCUGGCAGACUACGACGAGGCCAAAGUCAGUGCGAGGGUAGAACUUCGGCUGGAGAACCGCCUGGUGCGGUCCUGGCGCCUCCCCGUGCUCGUCAGCAUGCUGCGCAGCGCAGGAGGUUGUCGACGGCGCGGCGGCGUGCGAGCUUCCGGUGGAGCUGUUGCCAUUCAGCCUCGCCGACGACGUCGAGAGAGAGUACCGAUUCAAUGGUCUCUCGGCGACAGAGCUUUCGGUGCGCUUCGACGUCGAGCUCGACACCUACGUCGCCUUCCCUUCGGCCAUGGUUCAGCGCCGCAAAGAGCCCAAGGACAGGUAGAGUGGGUCACUCGUCCUGGAUUGACGCUUACUCUACCAGGACUGCCCGAGGAGACGACGGAGCGGCUGAGCACGGCGUACACUGUCGUUGGUUUGCGCCACCUGCUCAUGGCCAAGGGCGCUCCCUCCGAGGGGCCCAAGGCUGAGCUCAGUCGCAAGCUCGCCGAGUUUCAGGACGGACCGGAUCUCGACCUCGUCGAGCCGUCAUCCAGCCUGGAUUUCAUCGAGCUGAUGGAAACCUACCCGCGCCGAGCAUGUUCCGUCGGCGAGGCUCGAGGAGCGAGUUCUUCUCGCGAGCGUGGGCUCGCUACGUCUGGUCGACGCUCGUAUCGAGGCUGUGCUGAGGAGCACCGAGGUCGUUUUGCGAAGACACGCCAGCAAGUGCAUGCUCGGCUCUCGCUCGUCGUGUUUGACGAAGCGGGCUGCGCUACCGAGCCGGAUCCCCUCGGUGUCUUGCAACUCCUCGCUGCGCUGUUCGUGCUGAUCGGCGACCACCAGCAACUUCCACCCCUCGUGACUUCGCGCACUGCCGCCGGCGUCGGUUACCAGCGCAGUACUUUCCAGCGUUUGAUUGAGCGUGGAAGCUAUCUAAUCUUCCUGAACGAAAGCGCGUACCACGACCGCCUUCUCAGCGCCGACUUGCAAUGGCUUAACCCUCGCAAGACGGCUGUUCGCCAUCGGCAUUGGGCGCUGGGGCCGGUCUCCUUCGUGAUGACUCAGUCCCACCAUGAGAAGGUUGGAUUGUCCGUCGCGAACAAGGGCGUGGCCAACGUUGCUGUGCAGCUUAUCGUUGCUCUCGACGCGAUCGCCUCGGCGCACGACCUGCCAGCUCCGGUCUCGGUCCAGAUUAUCUCCGCGUACCGCGGCCAGCUGCAGUGCGUCAAGGACAAGCCGAGCCAGCGAUUCCUCAGGGGUCCGGAAGGGUGGCUGGUCGGCUCGCUCGUCGUCAACGUGUCGACGGACGAUUCCUUCCAGGGCCAGGAAGCGGAUGUUGUGGUCGUGUCGACGACACGCCACUCCACGCCGACCUCCUCGCCGGGAUUCCUGGACGAUCUGGCACGAGCCAACGUGGCGCUGUCCAGAGCGCGUAAGAGCCUGGUGAUCCUUGGUGACCCCGUCAUCUUGCGCAGACUGCCAGCUUGGUCCACUGCGCUGCACUCCGCAGAGGGCUACGGUCGACUUGAGUCACCAUCGCAAGUCCAGGCCACGAGCGCGGUCUCGCGGGGCGCUGUCGCCCAACAAGCAAUGUGUUGGACUCGAUUCGGCUGGCAGGAGGGAGCAUUCUCGGGCAGGAAUGGGUGGGGGUUAAUGGCAAGCAGUGGCUACCGAUCCUGUCCUCACCUCUUGACACGCAGCACUCGUCGCGUGCCGAUCAGCUCACAUCAGCCGUUCACCCGUUCCGGAUCUGGUUCACUUUCCGACGCCUUGUGCCAGGCUGACAAGAACAGUCAAGCACCUGACCUCGGUCAUGGCGCGCUGUCUUGCCACUCCGCGUGUCUAUCGUGUGGUUCGUUUGUCACCCUCUCUCUCUUCGUGCGAAACGGCGCAGACGAAGGUCAGCGGGAACUGCGCCGAUACUUGGAGGAGUGA